UUAGAUGUUGGACGUAGCUGCAUCCUUGUCACCAUUGGUGGGAAAAACGUCAUGCUUGAUUGUGGAAUGCACAUGGGAUAUAAUGAUGAGGUACUGUUUUUACUUAUUGUGUGCUUCAACAAAAGUGUUUUGCUAGCUGCAAUCCACUACGUUCAAUUACCGUUCUCAAAGAUGCAUUACAACACCUUCAAAACCCAAAGUAGAAUUAAAGUACAAAUAUCACUAAGAGAAUGCAUAAAUAAAAGAAUAUAACGAACGCCAGAUCAAUGUUCCUCGAUAGGUACCCAGUAGCAAUUGUGUCCUGCAGCCGCGAAUGUUCAAAACCAUUGAGUCCUCUCAAAUCCACUCUCCACUAUUUUCCACAACGAAUCUACUCUUCCAAGUUACAACUCAUGUCUUUGAAUUAAUCACAAUUUCGCCUUACUGAAAAGUACAAUUUAUGAAUACUAAACAUUAAGGGCUUCAAUGAGUAUGUGCAUAUGGAAUGUCACGAACUUUCGCAUGUAUCAGCGAAACACUCCCCCCUACAAAAACCCUUCGGUAAGCUUAUGUCCUCACCGUUAUACUUGCUCUCUCAUCUGCGCUCGGACAACUGAUAUUCCUUCUUACUGCUCAGUGGAGAUUCCCUCGCUGUCGUCCACUUGAACUAACACGAUUAAUCUGUGCACGGCUCUCUGCACGGUGACGUAGCCCCUGCCUUCGUACUUGUCGACGGGUUCACCUUGUCUGGGGUUCUUGUAUUUUACGUCCACUAUCCUUACUCUGGUAUCAUCUCCAGGGUAAACCUUGGACACUUUACCAAGCUUCCAAUUACCUUGCACCUGAUUUGAAUCUUGGAUCAGCACUACAUCACCUACCCUCACGUUGCGCUUCUUUGUAUGCCACAUCUGCUGCACAAUCAGACUUGGGAAGAAAUCUCUCAUCCACUUUCUCCAGAAAGCGUCUACAAUCUGCUGAACGAACUCAAAGCGGUGAUUUGGGUUUCUUGUCUCUCUAAAGGGACCACUAGGGACCCCAGGGGUGGAUCGGCCUAAAAGGAGAUUGGGGCACAGGUAAGUCCCAUCUUUGGGUGACGUCAGACGCCUACCAAUUGGCCUUUCGUUAACCAGGUUUGCUGCCUCUCAUAGCAGACUGCCUGCAACUCAGAGAAGGUCAUCACACUCUCACCGACCGCUACCAUAAUUACCUUCUUCACAGACUUCACAAGAGCCUCUGAGGUCCCGUUCUGCCAAGGCGCGUCGGCCGGAAGAAAUUUCCAUUCCAUUCCCUUUGUCGCACUGAACGCGGCCAGCUUAUCCCAAUCCCAAGGUGCCACAACUUUCUUGAGCUCCUCGUUUGCCGUUGUUAACUGACUACCAUUAUCUGAAAUCAUUUUCGCUGGGUAACCUCUCAGUAACACAAAUCGCCUUAAGACCAUCAAGAAUUUCUCAGUGUGGUAAUAAGGUGCCAAAUCUACAUGGACUGCUUGCGUGCUAAGGCAGUUGAAGAUGACACCAUAUGCUUUGCCUGUGGGUCGCUUCUGGACUUCACCUCUAAUCCUGAAGGGGCUAAAUAAAUCAACUGUCGUACAAUUCCAUGCAGGUGCUGGCUUAAGCCUUUCCUGGGGGAGCCAUCCCAUCAGUUGCGUCGUAGUCUUCUUGUCCAACUUCUUGCAAGUUACACAGUUGUAUCUAAUUGACUUCACUAUUCUAGGCAGCCCGAUGACCCAGAACCUUGAUCUCAUUUUGCUUGUCGUAGCAGAUACUCCCUGAUGGCCUUCUUCAUGUAUAUGUUUCGCGUACAAGCGGGAUAACUCAUGCCUAAACGGUAGAAGUGGAACUUUGUGCUGAUUGUAGCUCAUCUCCAGCCAUUUCUCUGCACGUCCUCCUACGACAAUUAUCCCAUCCUCUCGCACUCUUGGACACAGGCGUCUGAAUCGUCCAUGUUUCAUGUCAAUUAACAUAGUUUCUUGGGCUUGGAAAAUUCAGAAUUGCUCUGCUUUAGUGACAUCUGCCGGCUCAAGGACUCUGGCAGCAUUUCUGAAGCUCUGCUUAUAAUCAGUUCGGAACAUGGCAAGCACUCUAGCCAUUACCCUAACCAGCCUCGUAGAAUCUGAAUAUCCACUUAUGUCAAUCCUGACCGCUAGGGAGUCUUUGGGCUUGGUGUUAGCUAUCAUUACGACCCUAGGUUCCAGUGGAAGCUCUUGUAUGGCACAAAUCCUACUAAUAGGCCGCUCAGAUGCUGGCACCUUUCAAGAAAUUUGGACCCUUCUGCCACACGCUGUUUAAGUCGAUUUCGUUUGGCUCCUUGCCUCGAGUGAGCCAGUCGGCUAUGUUCUGCUAGACUGCAGAACAAUCGGUUUUUUUCUCAAAAUCACUAAAGAAAUCGGUAAAGUGUGGUGUAAGACUCGUAUGUGCGCAAAGCGCUCGAGCCUCACACAUAUGCAAAAAUACGGACUGUUUUGUAGUCUAAUGUUCUGCUUGCUAACUACCCAGCACCAGUCAGUACCACUUUGAAUCUCUCCAAUGCGUGUUGCAGCAAACGUGUUGUACCAAUAUCAUUCCUUUUGUACCAUGGUGUGUACUAUCUGCGAGUCAACAAUGUGCAAGCACCUGGUAAAUCAAUAUCUCGAUUAUCUCUCCAGAAGCUCUUUAAGACGCUUGCUCAGCACGGCUCCGCACAGCUCAAUCCGGUCAAUGGACAUUGCCUUAACUGGCACGAGUCGGUUCUUAGAGAUGGCUAAUCUGCUUUCAAACCCUCCACCGUUCAGUACCCAGCGGACGUACACACAGGCACCAUAAGCACUAUUUGAUCCGUCACUGAAGAUCACUUGCAUUGGGCUUAAGGCAUCUACCCACAGGGUUUGCAAAUUUUAUUGAUGAGUAGAGUCACUGUGAUUUCUGCUUCGCAAAUUUUGGAGUCAUUUUGGAAUAUUAUUUUGGAGUCAUUAGCAUCACAACGAAAAAAGCCCUUUUCAGACGUUCCAACACAUGGCCCUGGCAUGUAUACAUACACUAUCGUGAGGGAUACACGAAGUGGCUGUGGCGGUCCGCUGACCUGGAAAGCUCAAAUCCAUGAUGGCAGUCAUCGAGUAAACUUUGAUUGUAAUUUACCCUCUUCCUGUUUUGCCGUGCAGUAUAAUUCUUUAAUUUUGCUGAUUUAAUUAAGAUUUACAACGUUUACAAUUAACGUAAAUUGUAUUUGUUGCGAAAAAGGUAAGGACAAAACUGUGUUUGUUACCGAAAAUUUCUGGAGUUGAAGUGGCCCCCUGUUUGGUACCGAAAAUUUCUGGAGUCAAAGUCACUCCCUCGGUAACCUCUGUGGAGUCAUCAGAACAAUUUUGGCAUAAAAAACGCCAAAUUUGGCGUAUUUGCGAACCCUGUACCGAACUUGAUGUUGUUCAUGAUAACUAAAUCUGAACAGAAUGUAUUCCAGUAUGCUCUGCAUUCGUCUGACACUGGAUCGUCCCAAUCAAGCUGCUCCUCUUCACUCAUCCACAGUUUUCUCAUCAUGAUUUUCUCUCUAACGGUAAAUGGACCUGCCAAUCCAAGUGGAUCAUAGAUGCUGUUGAUCUGGGAGAGAAUCAUUCAGUUUGUCAACUUUGCAGGAAACCUCUCUGUUAGUUGAUGGGAUUCUAUAUCCAGCUCGGUACGCCGCUUUCUCUUUCGUCCGGAGAAAUUCAACGUCACCUUGAAGCAAAACAGGUCCUCAACGGGUCUCCAACAAACUCCCAAGACUUUCUCUGCGGGUACAUACAUUUCACUGGGUAUCUCCUUCUCAUUUCAGCUGUCAGAGCUGCCUGAGAUGGUCCAGCCUUUAAUCUUGAAUCCCCUUAUGUCAACCAGCUUCUCUAUGUUCCGCGUUACGCUUUCAGCUCUCUCCCUAUCACCAACACUCUCAAUUUUGUCAUCCAUGUAGGUGUUGUCUCUAAUGAUUUUGGCCUCUUGAGGGUACUUCUCUUGCGCCAUUUCGGCCGUUUUCCUCAAUGCUACUGUUGCAAUGGUUCCCAACGGUCUUUCACCAAAUCAGACUCUCUGUACGACUUAAGUGUCUGGCUCUUUCCUGGCAUCCAUGUCUCUCCAUAGAAACCGAUGCGUGUGCUGUUCCAGCUGGGUGGUUCCCACGGAAUGGUGCAUUUUCUUUAUUUCGCCAAUUAACGCCACCUCAUUCUCUCUAAACCUUAUCAGCACACCCAGAAGGCUGUUCAGAAGGUCCGGUCCCUUGCUCCAAUAUUCAUUUAACGCGUGACCCAUGUAUUUGGCACUGGUGUUAAAGACUAUUCGUACGGGUGUGGACUUUGAAUUCAGAAGUAUAACUUCAUGAUGCAAAACAUAAUGAAUAGGCCCAUCGUAGGCUUCUAAUUCGCUCUUCGUUAGCUUUCGGGCAAUGCCCCUGUCUAUCAUAUCUUGUAUCUGCUCUUGAUAUACUCUUGCGUGGUCAGUAUUCUUGGCAAGUCUCUUUUCCGUAGACAAUAGCAUUCCGAGUGCGGCCUUUCUAUUGUCUGGAAGAUCAGCCGGGUCUCUUAUCCAUGGAUAUGGAGUCAUCCAUCUAUGCUCAAGGUUAUUGAAGUGCAGAUUUCUCUCAAUCAACUGUAGCUCUUUCUCUUCCUUUAGACUGUAAUUCUUCUUGCCGAGCGGACAAUUUCCACAUUUGCAACCCCCACAGCAAGGCAUACGCUCCACCUCCAGGUUCUCGAUAUUGUAGAAGUCUUCAAUCUUUACUUCGGCUACGUGGUGCACGAGGGCAUUCUGCAUUGCGUUUUUUUGCAUCCUUUAACUCCGCGUGAGUGCCGCCGAGGCAUCUUCCAAAUCAGUUUCUCAGCAACAGCAAAUGACCCGAUUUUUGUUCUUUUACGGGGUGGUAUCCGGCGUAUUCAUAUCCUAUUAGCAUGUCCACACUACCGGUUGGUCUUCUUAUCUCUUAUAAUGUAACAUCCUUAAAAAGAUGAACUACAUUAUUGACGCUCACUCUAGAAUGUCCGCUGUUAUUACAUUAGUACCAUAAACUUUGAAUGGUACAACUUGCCCCUGAGAGUCGAUCAGCGGGAGAAGGUACCUGUUAGACAUAAUUGUUUCACUUGUGCGUCCAACUUCGACGAUAGAUAUUUCUACUCUCGUGCCGUAUAACAUUUCCGCUUUAGCCUUGCUGUUGGUGAUGAAACUUAAUGAUGCUGCAUUGUCCCACAUAACGUUGGCCCAGCCCUUUCCUGUUCUAACUCUUUGAAGUAGAAGAAGACAUGUGUCGCUCAAAAUAUCACCGCAAGAACUUGCUGUUACAGAAACGCUGGCUUCCCGAUUUUCCUCGUGUAAUGUUUUGUGAUGUGUCCUUGUGCAACCAGUUUCACCACAAGCUUUCCUGCUUCUGCAAUCACGUAGACGAUGCCCAAUCUUCAAACAUGACCAGCAUGCACCCCUUAUGCAGUCAGCGGUCAGCGAGCAUGAUGGCCUCGUUUUUUGUUGGCUCCGCCAACUUGACAUAAUUUCUCACGUUAUACGUAACUUUAAGGGGCACAAUAUUAGUUUAUCUAGAUGUGCCCUCUCCUCUCCUUCCAAUAUACAAUGUAAUUCAAUUUAAAUGUUGUAAUUUCUAUUUUACGCGUUUAUUUCCUUUGUAAAUCUUUAUCCGUUACGAUAUUAUUUUUUCUCAGUUAUAUUUACAUAACUAUGUAUCAGCUAGGAAUUGGAGGAAUAAAUAAAAUGAAAAAUAAAAAUAAAAUGCACCCCUUUCUCUAAGCAUCUCCAUUCACUCACCACAAGUCUUGGAUAGGUAUAAUUGGCAUUCAUUGGUUCCGUAGCUGGCACUAUUGUGAAACUGGCGCGCACUGCUACUCUUGCCUUCAAAAGGCUGCUGCCUGUCUUCUUUAAGAUCUUCAGCCACCGCAUGAGCACAAUGAACAGACUGUUGGCCCGCUUGACUUCCGGACGCUCGCAGAUCUGAUAAAUCAUAUUCGAUUGCCCUUUUCUGGUUGAGCAGAAACUUGAGGAGGCCUGGAAAUUUGUUUUUCUUAUCGACGCUACUCGAGUCUGAGCUGACGAGCCUCGCCCACUCUCUUCUAAUAUCAGCUGGUAGCCUUUUUUCAAUUAUGCUUACGAAGCUUGUGGUUGUUAUCUCUUUCUCUAGUCCGAGCCUCAACAAGUCUCGAUAACCACUUUCAAUAAUUUCAACAAACUCGACGAAUCUCUUAUCUUCUCCCUCUUUGAUGGCUGUAACUCGCUGUAUGCUAUUAAUAAUCACAUCUGUUAUCUUGGCUGGAUCACCAUACGUCUCGUCCAAGCGUCGCCACAUUUCAAUGUCAUCAUCGACCCCCCUCACGACCUCCAGUGGCCCCUCGCAGAGGCAGGAAUGCAAAGUGUAAGGCGCAGUGCUGCAACUUGGCAUAACUUGAACUUCAAAGUCUUUUCUAAAUCUCGGGUACUCCCGGGGCAUCUUUAUUUUUUCAAGGCGAAGGUUAGUAGUUUUCGCUUCAAGAUUCUUCACACCCACUUCUACCUUUGUCUGAUUGGCAAUGACUGAUUCAAUCCUGUCCACAACCUGAUUGUAUCAUUUCUGCACGACCAAAAUCCAUCCCACCUCAGUCGAUGCCACUUCUCUGCUCAAAAAUUCCAAAUAUUUGUCGCAACCAGCUAACGAAGCUUCUAACACUUGCUGAACUUUCCUGAGAGUAGGAGAUACAUCCCUCUCGGCUUCGCACGCUUCCUGCAAUGUAAAGGCGUCCUCCAACAGCCCUCUAAAAACUGCUUCCUCUGUGUCUCGCUUUAUGAAAGCUUGAUCGAUUAACUUUAGAGUUUUUUCGUAGUCUUUUUUAGCCGCCUCUUGCUGACUGAGUACCUGUUUCUCUAUCAUCGCCUUAGCUGCCUUUGAGCCGAUGUAUUCAACCUGUUUCUCCAUAGCUUCGCUAAAUGAACUCUGUAACUCUGCUAUCCAUGCUUUGCUUUCUUCUACUUCACUAUCCUUUAAGAACGUUGUGUACAUAACAUGCUUGGCCUCCACAUUUGUCCAUGCCUCGUUCAGCUCCUUGAAGUUCACUCUCAGUAUUUCUGAUCCUUUGUCCUCCUUGACUGACUUCGUUAACUCAGUGAAUUUUCUUGUAAAUUGUCCUUUCGCCGCGUGUCUCUGGUUUUUGCCGUCUUGAUCAGCCAUCACUGAUGUCACGCUUUGGGUUUCGAAUGUUUCACUAGCUGUAAUCCACUACAUUCAUUACCGUUCUCAAAGAUGCAUUACAAUGCCUUCGAAACCUAAAGUAGAAUACUUUAUAUCACUACGAGAACGCAUAAAUAAAAUAAUAUAACGAACAUCAGAUCAAUGUUCCUUGAUAGGUACCCGGUAGCAAUUUAUUGUAUCCUGCAGCUGCGAAUUUCCAAUCCAUUGAGUCCUCUCAAAUUCACUCUUGUAAGCCACUCUCCUCUCUUUUCCAUGACGAAUCUACUCUUGCAAGUUACAACUCACGUCUUUGAAUUAAUCACAAUUUCACCGUACUGAAAAGUGCAAUUAAAAUUUAUGAAUGCUAAAUGUUAAGGGCUUCAACGAGCACGUGCGUAUGGAAUGUCACGAACUUUUGCUCGUAUCAGCGAAACAAAAAGUAAUGACUCCUUUAGCUAGUUGUUAGCUGAGUUCAACUAACUAAUUAACCUGAAAUUAAUCUCUGUUCCAUUCCUUUUUGGGGGGGGCUAGAGGUGAAGCAAGAAGUUUGUGGUUAUUUCAACAAUUCCAUACUCACAACCAAAAGAUAAUAUUUUUCUAUUUCUGUGCUGUAGUUGUUGUAAAAUAUCCUCAUACCUGCCUAGAUCCUCCAGUUCCCUGGCAAGUUGCGAAGUUCUCACUGCAAACAGACAUGAUUAAUAUGAUGUUAGAAAGAAACAAACAAAAAUUUUCAACUUCCAGAAAACAUCACUGUAAUUCCAACAUGGUGAUCCUUUCAAUCUCUCUAAGUAAACUACAAAUUCUUAAUUGUAAAUUGGGUGAAAUCCCCUGGCUAAUUCUUCAUGAUUAAUCACAUUGACAAAAUUUGGAAAAUGCGAUGGUAUAUUUGCUCGGAAAGAAGGUUGAUUGAUAGUUUGUUAUAAUUUAAGGGAAGGAGAUUUUUAGCACCGGAAAGCUCUAAAAGAAUUCUGAGCUCCUGGUGAGAAUUGAACUCAUGACCCUCUGAGUUCUAGUACGGAUGCUCUAACCAUUGAGCUGUUGGAGGUUCUAUGGCAUUGAAUUGGGUUGACAUUGAAUUAUAAUUAUAUAAACUACACCAGGCGUAAAGGACUGUAUGGGGGACUUGCUCGAAAUCAGUUGUCCACCAGUGUAAAGGACCAAGGCUGUACAAUAUAAUUUGGAAGAAGGAGAUUUCUAACACCAGGAAGCUCAGAAAAAAUUCUGAGCUCCAGAUCUAGAUGAGAAUCAAACUCACAACCCUCCAAGUUCUGGUUCGGAUGCUCUGACCACUGGGCUACUGCUGGCUCUGUGGUGAGCAGAGCUUGGAAAUGAGGCUGCUUGGGCAAAAAAAUUAUGGCGUUCACGGCUAUUUGAAGACAAAAUAGCUGAACAGAAUAAAUGCAAGAAAAUGCAAGAAUAUGCAAAACAUAAUGCUUGAUAGAUUGAAAGAUGUUAUCUACUUUUUGAGGAGUAUCUGCAAAAAAAAUCAUCCUGUGUGACGAAAAGUAGGCUUUAGUUUUGAAGAGAGCCUACAAGGAGGUUUUUUUUACAAGCUUAAACAUAUUUUGAAUGAAUAAUAAAACAAUUGGUGAAUUUGGCUUUUGUAUAAUGUGAAGAAUAAAAAAUUAUGCUGAUCUCACAGGCUGUUAUCCUUCCCAGCCUUUGGCCUCGGUGGAUAAUGUUCUCCUGGAUCUGCACACUUCUAAGUUGUUUAUCUUUUGGUUGCAGAGGCGAUUCCCUGAUUUUUCUUACAUUACAAGGGCAGGCCGCUUGACCCAGCAUCUGGAUUGUGUGAUCAUAAGGUAUAUUUUCCUCUCUUUGAUAACAUGACUGUUCAUGAAUGAAACCUUUACUCUAAAACUCAGAAAACUGAAACACCUUCAAAAUAUUUUACAGUGUAAUAUCGUACAAUAAUAUUUUGUUAAAUAUUGAGGUACUCGUAGUGUGCCUAUAAAUUAUAUACUUGCAAUGUGUCAGUGUGUAUGAAAAUGAAUAUUUGGGAUUCAUUUUCAGUAUUGUUAAAUUCAGACUCAUUUGUAGCUUUUUUCUCUUAUUCUUACUUUACUUUCCAGUCAUUUUCAUUUGGAUCACUGUGGUGCCUUGCCAUACUUCUCAGAGAUGGUUGGAUAUGAUGGACCUAUAUACAUGACUCACCCAACCAAAGCUAUCUGUCCCAUCCUACUGGUAAGUCUUCCAAUAGGAACCUUACAAACCUAUGACGACAAUAGCAAUGCAGUGAUUUUGUUACAUAUAGUUAUGGCAAGUCCUGGAACUCAUGUAUCCCAGUUUAAAAAAAAAGAGUCCUAAAUUGAAAAUGCUUAGGCCUUUUAAUAUGUACAUGUAACCAGACAGUUACAGUAAUGUGGAGACAGAUGCCAAAACUCUUUAUUACAGUUUACUGAAAUUAAAUGUAGUCCUUAUAUAUAUUUAAAGCACAGAAAAGACUAAAAUAAAAAUGCAUCUUUAAACAACAGCUACAGAAAUGGCACAAACACGAUAUUCUACCAAAAGAUCUUCAAAUCAAUCCAUCGUUCUCUGCAUCCUAGGGGACGUAUGCCAUAAAUUAUUUUGCAUCUUUAGGGAUUUUUAUGCAUCAGGGACACAGGACGCAGAGGUAACAAAAUCACUGCGAUAGGAACAUCUAAAACACAAUAGCUUUACUGAGCAAAACAGCAAAUCAUGCAUUUUUGUACAUUUCUUUGCCCUCCCUGAACAAAUAAGACAUGAAAUGACCAAUGGGUUUGGCAAGGCAAUAAAUUUUACUAUCUCUCUCAAGCCCUAGGAUUUCAAAUCCCAUUGAAAACAGUUUUUUGGUUCUGUGGACAGAGAUCAUAGGAAACCAACUGUAACUAUGUUUUGGUUCCAUGAAAAUUCAUGGAAACCCACCUCCUAAAUGUUUUCAAUUUUUCAUGGUCAUAUACUUUUGUCGUGGUACUGGAAGCUAUAAACCAGUAACGUGCAGUGUACUUGGGAAUGAUUCAAGAUGGCAGACAAUAGGAAACUGAAGGAUGCUAAAUUCUGUUUUAGUUUCGUAUUUAAGCCAAUUCAUAACUAAAGAAUUGCUCUGCUAGUUAAGGAUCUGAGAGCAGAAAUAGUGAAUUUCAGUAAACUGGCCCCUAAGGCUGAAAAUGUCAGUGGGAAACUAUUUUUCGGUUCCGUUAUUUUAAGACCACAGUAACGACACGGUACCUGAAACGAUCCUUACCGUGAAAUCCAAGGGCUUGUCUCUCAGAACUCAGAUGCGGUCCUCACUCUUUAGUUCCUACCUAACUUUCCUACUUUCAAGUAACUGGGUGACUUGGAAUACAGGCAAAAAAGUUUAAAAUGACACAAAGUCUAUUUUUCAUUGAAGUUUUCAUUGAUUUCACUGUUGUCAGAUUGUAAGCUCCCUUCUAGAAAGACUGUCAGUCCACACAAUUUUAGUUUUGUCUAUUUUUCAGUGACAUUAUUUUUCAUUGAUUUUGCUGUUGUCAGAUAGUAAGCUCCACUCUAGAAAGACUGUCAGUCCACACAAUUUUAGUUUCAUGUAUUUUUCAGUGACAUUUUCAUUGAUUUUGCUGUUGUCAGGUGGUAAGCUUCCCUCUAGAAGGACUGUCAAUCAACACAAUUUUAGUUUCAUGUAUUUUCAGUGACAUUUUCAUUGAUUUCACUGUUGUCAGAUCAUAAUCUCCCUUCUAGAAAGAGUACUGUCAGUCCACACAAUUUUUCAGUGAUGGCUUUCUAAUAUUAUGUGAAAACAUUAACCCACGUAAAUCUCAACUGCCAUAACUGGGCAUGUGGAUCGUUUUCCCCUUUACCUGUUUUAAGGUAAUGAGUUUUAAUUGUUAUAGAAGACUUAUCUAGUAACGUGUGCAGGGAGAAGAGAUCUUUCCAACUAUACCCAAAUAAGCAUGGUUCAGCCUAACAGGCCCCAGAAAAAUGCAAAAAAGAAAGAAAACACAUGAACAGUUUACCAACACCUGUAUAUAAAUAAAUGUAAUUGUUUAUGUCCAGUCAUUUUUCUGUUCUCCAUAAUGACUUAAGUAGACAAACUGUGCUUGAUUUUAGUUAUUUUAUAUGCUGUUAGUUGUUUGCAAAAUAAUGAUUGUUUAAAAAAAUGUAAAGUUUUCCAGAAAAUUCCAGUGAACUCUUGUUCCAAGGCAAUACCCACCCAUACAAGUUGUAAAUUUUGUACAGAAAUGAGUUUUAACCAAUCAGAGACCUGUUUGAACACUGUUUGUUUGAAAUUAACAAAUGGUUUGUCCAAUCAGAACUGCAAAUGAUGUUUCCACUGCACUGCUCAAUUUUUCUGCACCUUAAGUCUCGUAACCUGAAGCAAGCACCAUUGAAGUGCCAAGAUCCUUGCAGCUCUUUACAACCUCCGAUUUAAUUGCACCUCUGUUGGUCACAGCUUUUUCAUUUUUGGGCUAGGUUUCAUUGUUAACUUUGUUUGUUCAUUGUUUUCCCAACCACACCUGUGAGGCUUUCCAAGAACUGCAGGGUUGCCCCCAGGUACUCUUGCCAAGUGUUGAUUGUUCAUUUGUGGAGGCUUCUAAAAGAGCUGCCUGUUGUAUGAAUGUUUUAUUUUUUAAUCCUGUGCCAGAAUAUAAACAAUCCUGCUCACUUUUGACUGGGGUGCACAUGCAUCACAUAAUGUUUGUUUACACAAGCCAAAGAUUCUUUAUCAUAUAAUAACCACUUGUAAGAUUACUGUUGUAUGAGUGAGUGAGAAAAAGAUCAGUAAUUCUUGCAGGAAUCCAAAAUCGAGCUGAUCAGUUUGAGGUUCUCUUAGUUUUUUCUUCUUUAAAACUUGUCGCCUAAGAAUAUAGAAAUGCUAAGUAAAGAUAAAAACAACAAUACUGAAACCACAAAUGGCAUAGCUGCGAGAAAAGGACUAUAAAGUGGUGACCAAAACAAGAAACGGUUAUCUUAAACCCCCUUCCUUCUUGAACUCUUUCACAAACCAUUGUUUAAAGUGGGACCUAGGCAUUUUUAUAAGGCUGUGCUCUAGCACCCCCCUGAUGACCCCCUAGUGGCACCUAACUUUUCCUCUUAGGUAACUAUUUUUUGAAAUUAUUAUUUAUUUAUUUAUUUAUUUAUUUUAUUCAAGACAUUUAUUACUCUAAUUACAAAGAACUACUUAAAAAGAAACUAAUAAUUAGAAAAUUCUAAACAACCAUAAUAACAGAAGGAGAGAAAAAGACUGAAUACUAUUACAACCCUCCAAGUUAAAGUUUUUUCUUGGUCACCAGUUGGUGACCAACUCUUUAGGUUUAGGGAGACUUUUUUACAAAUCAAGUCACCAGCUUCAAAAUUCUAUGCGCCAUAGCGAGUAAAAUGGUUGCAACUUGGAGAGUUGACUUACAGUUAUCUACAUUCCACAAUUAUAUAAGUUACAGCCAAAAAACAGCCACGCAAUUGCUGAAGUGUGGCAUAUUUUUGAUAUAGUUAAUUAAUACUUAAUUAUACGUGUAGAUAAAAGAGAAAUUAACACUUAUUUACAGUACACUCUGAAAUAAAAGAAAAACAAAAAAAACAAUACAGAAAAAAGUAUCUAAUAAAAGAUUACAAUUUUAAUUACACACGAACUUAAUUAAAGGAGAGAAAUGCCUUUUGGUCAUUUUUCAUAAAAGGUUUCUAAUUUAUUAUUCUUAGCGGAAAUAUAUUUUUCAACUUGGUAUUUCAUUCUUAUCCUCUUAGGAAACUGGAAAUGUGUACUCUUUGGCCCCGUGUUAAAAUUUUCUAGAAAUUCUAUGGAUAAACACCAUUAACGAUUCCAGUUUUAAAAGAUUAAUCUCCUUUUAGUUUUUUCCAUUCUGGUCAUCAUUCAAUUUACAGGAGGACUACCGAAAAAUUACUGUGGAAAGGAAAGGAGAGACCAACUUCUUUACAUCACAGGUACUUAGCUUGCACUUGUUCAAACCAUAAGAAACAGUGAGUGGAUGAGACUGAUUCACUGGUGUGAAGGAUUCUACAGUUGGUAGAUGGCAUUAUCUAGUCUGCUGAAGAUGAAGGCAGAGGCCAAUUAUAGCACCCUCUGAGAUCUGCAGACUUUUUCAAGCAGAUUAAACUGUCUAAUCCAAAAUAUCUCUAAGCCCAUAAUGUCCUUACCUCCACACACAAUUUGUUCAAACAUUUGCCAAUUCUGUGGCAGUUUCAGACUAUGGCGAGAUGUGUUUUCUUACAGAUAACUUAGAGAAAGCCAUUAACAGCUCCAAAAGCCUUUUUGUCAAUUCUCACUUUCUUUUUGAAUCCAUUGUUUGGCUAUAAAUUUGAGUUUGCUAAUCUUCUGGCCACCGCCUCAAGUUUGUUUUUGCCAAAAUUUUUGAGCUACUGCUCUACACGAUAUCAUGUAUCCCGUAACUAAUUUUUUUAUUGGAUGAUUGAUGUAAAAUUAAUCCUCUGAAUUUGGUCAGUGAGAGCAUGUUAUUUAAAAUUGACAAUGAGAAAUGGAGAAAUACUUAGAGUGAAUAAUAAUGGGCUUGAAAAUAAAUUACUUGAUUAUCUUAGUCUGUAAUGAUAAAUUCUGCCUUUGUCAGAAAUUGCUUUAAGUUUUUUUUCAAUUUUGAUGUUGGGUUUAAUCUAAUGAAAACUUUAAGUUAGUUAUGUCCUGGCCCUGUGACUAAGAUUUUACUUAACAGUUUAAAAAGAUUGCAGAAGGAUUGCAGUAGCUGUUGCUUGUGAACAGCCACUCACCAUUUGUUGAGAUUUAGUUCCAUAAAUACUUUGGGGCAAGAUUUACUUCCAUAUAUAUUUUAAAAUAUAGCUCAUGAAAACAAAUCACUUGGCUGAUCCUUUGGGGAAACUAGUUGAUUUUGUUGGCCCUGAACCUCAAUGUUUCUGUUGAGUACUCUCUCCUGAGAUUAUGAAACCAGCAUUAUUAAAUUCGAUGGACUUGAAAGUAAUAUUUUCUUACUAAAUUGUUAUGCAAAUUGUUUCUCCCACAGAUGAUAAAGGAUUGUAUGAAAAAAGUGAUAACUGUCAAUCUCCACCAAACAGUAAAGGUUAGUAGUAAUAAUAUUGUUCUAUUGAUCAUACGCCAUUUUAUUGUAACACUCUAAAGGGCUUUUCAGUUUCAAGACAAUGUAGCCAAAAUUCUAAAAAAGGAGAGGAAAUAAGGGAAGUAUAGAAAAAAAGUGCAAUACAAAAACAAAAUAAUGAAUCAGAUAGGAUUAGCUAUAAUUUUACAAAUUAUAUUAUUGAUCAGAAAUCAGUGCAUUUGAGAAUUAUAAUCAAUUUGCUUUUUAAAUAUGUUAUCUUAGUCUGUUGACUUCUGUUGAACAAUUCAGUGGCAGAUCUAUGGAAGGGAUGCAAUUUUUAGGCCCAGCUUGGGCCCAUGAUAGGGCCAAGAAAAAUUAUUUUUGAGACUGAACCCCCACCUCUUCUUUUACAAUCUAGGGAUUCCAAUGAGCAGGCCCUCCAUCAAUGGCAGAUUCAGUGCUUAAAGUUGUUUUGAGGGCCUGCUCAUCUACACUGUAGACCCUAAGAUAAAAGGGGGGUCAGGUAUUAUUUCUUGGCCCUGCAGGCUUCAGUUUGGCUUAAAAAAUAAGGUGAGGGACUGUGGGUGCAGGCCAUUCCCCUAGCUUUGCAAUUUUAUUUUCUACCUUGCCUCACGCUCUUUGCCUAGAAGGUGGAGGUUAUUGAUACACAAAUUUAUAUGAAUUAGAAAAAUGUUUUGAAAAUGGCAUAAAUUGGUGCCAGACACGGAUUUUGCAUUUCCACCACACUGUUAUGCUCUUUUUCUGCCUAUUUAUUUAACAGUUUGAGUUCAUUUGAAAUACUGUAAAUUAAAGCAAUUCUAUAUUGAGACUAAAUUUAAUUUGAGAGGGAAAAUAAGCCACCCUCUCUAAGUAGUACCACCCCUCCCCCCUCUUACCUCAGCAAGUUUUAAAAAAAUCAUCAUAAUGUAAGUUGCUGGGCAAGCAUUCAGAGUAACUGGGAAUGUAGAAUUAACAAGGUCCAAACGUUUGGAAUGAAAACUUCCCUCUAAAAAACCUCGAGUCAAAUCUGUGUAGUCCAGUGUAGUCUUCCUCAUAACCGUUUUUUGGAUGUCACACAGAGCAUUGCGUGACCUUCGAAAAACAAUGAACUAUGAUAGGAUUUCAACAGGAAUGGCUCUUUUUUAUUAUUCACUAUAGGUUGACGAUGAGUUGGAAAUAAAGGCGUAUUAUGCUGGCCAUGUACUUGGAGCUGCAAUGUUCCAUUUAAGGGUUGGAACUGAAUCAUUAGUUUACACUGUAAGUUAUAAUCACAACACAAUACUUUGAGAUAAAUGAGUUUCAAGAUUUGGUUCAUCAAAGGUCCAUUUUACCCAAAAACAGGCCCUCCGAUAGGGUGUGGCAUUUCCAGUUGGUUAUGUUAUGCAACCAAUGUGCUCCAUUGAAUGUGAACUUGCACCAGCUACAAUGCCAGUGAUUUGGUUACCAUUAGCAUGUAAUUCCCAGCUUGUACCCGUAUAUCCUCCUGGAGCUUCUGAAGUGUAGGAUAGCAGCUGUCAUUGUCAGAUGCCUCACAGUUUAAAAAUACAUCACAAUUCCUUGUAGCUUGUUUUCCUUCUAUGUGCUUUGUCAAAUGUAGGAGCUGUGACUUUCGCAUGAUUUGAAGUUUAGUUUGUCAUGUUUUUCCUCUAAAAUAAGUUUUAAUGUAUUGAUACAUUAUUGCCAGUUUAAAAAGUAGAAAUAUCAAUAAUAAUUUAUUAUCAAGGCCUUGUUCUUCUUAUAGGGUGACUACAACAUGACACCUGACAGACAUCUGGGGUAAGAUACACAGUUUCCUGUCUGUCAGUAUUAUAGUCCUGUGGCUGCUUAGGUGCAAUGCCACUUCUUUUAGUUAAUUCAUCUUGAAGUCCUGAUUUUUUCUUGGUGUCUUCUCUCAGGCUUCAGUUAUCUUAUUAUAACUAGUGAUAACCAUAGGUUACGGAGUGCAGGCAACAGCUAUCGUAACCUAUGAUCAGGUGUCUUUUCGUGCUUAAUUGCUUCAUGCUGUGCUUUGCAUGAGUUUCACGUGACAGAUAGUCAAAACACGCAUGAUCAGAUUGCGAGUGAUGGAUGGUCCAAAAGCGUGAUCAAAUUGCGUUCUAUGCAUUCUGUUCAAUUUUAGUAUCCAAACGAUUGCUGGCUACAUACAUGCAUACAUGCAAAGCAUGCAUAAUUAGGGUUGCAGGCUCCUCUUGUCACCUGCAAUAAUACAGUUGAACCUCCAAUAAGCCGCCUCCUUUGAAGCAGCCACCCAGCCUUUAUUAAGCAGCCAGUAAUCAAAGUCCUGGGUUGUAGAAAAGAUUGGGAAAUUAAACCUCUAUUAAGCGGCCACCUUUUGGCGGUCCCAAGAAGAGUUCCCCCAUUGUUGUCACCUCUAUUAAGUGAUCAAGCACCCCCGGGGGGGGGGGGAAGAAGUACUUUAGGAAUUUCUGGGUGGGGAUGUGCCGCUGGGACCUUGGAACCCUUAUCCUAUACCAGAGCUAGUUCAGCUGAAUUUUGCUACCCUAUACAAGAGAAAACUCCCCAAAUCCCCCCUAUCCUAGAGUAGCUGUUUUCCAGAAACUACUGAGGUCAGUAACACAGUCUAGCCAAAACAAAACCUUAUACCACAAUCCCUAGUAUAGAUAAAAUCUUCAACCAACUGAUCAGUUUCCUGAAAAAUGAUACCCUAUUCUAGACCCAAACGCUCUGAUUUAUAUACCCUAUCCUAGAGUAAACUGCUUGAAAACCAUACCCUUACAGCAGCACAUACCUGUAUAGCCCAUAUAUGGCAGUACACCGCCCCCCCACCUCCGGGUCAAGCACUUGAUACACUUAGUUUGGCUUUAUUUCAAGAAUAUGAUGAAGGAAAAUAUGGUCUCAAAUAGAAGUUGACAACCAAUUGUGUUCCAGUAACACUGCUCCCAUCGCGUGUUUGUUUCAAAAUAAAUUGAUGUUUCUGUGUAAGUUUACCACUAAUAUAUGACAAACCUCUGCAAUGAAUCCUUCUUUCUUCCAUAAUUUUAAUUCCAAUAUUUUAUGCUGGGACUUUCUAAGGUGGUACCACUUCCAUAUCUUGAGAACUUAAUGUAAAGCUAUGACUUAAUUUUCUUAGGGCAGCCUGGAUUGACAAAUGCCGACCAGAUGUGUUGAUAACCGAGUCAACCUAUGCAACAACCAUCAGAGACUCAAAGAGGUAAAAACUGAGUGGAUAUGAUACGGGAACGGUAAACAGCAAUAAUUAAACUGUAUUGUUAUUGUAUAGUUAUGGACUUACCUCCAGGGUAAGGAACAAAUACAAAACCUUCAAAAUAAAUUAGUUCCUCCUGAAAAAUGUAAUGUUUAAAAGUAGUUAGGUAAAAUGUAUAACUGCACAUUCACCAAUCAACUGGAUAAAAAGCACAGCGAUAGUUUUUCUUCCAUUGCUGUGCUUUUUAAUAUUUCUUGUUUUUAAUUUUUUUUUUUUUUAGUAUCCGGGCCCGUUGUAAUUGGCCACAGCUGUUAUGGUGUUACUGCCAACGUUCUUUCCUUUUUUCUUACUUUUGAAAAUACACCUAAGACCAUUUUACAGCUGUGGACUUAGUGCCCUAACCUUCAAGUGAAUGUGAAGCUGAUGGUGACCUUCUUUUGAUACAAACCUCCUUUGCUUUAACUAUAUUGGGAUGAAGACUGAAAGAAUUCAAAUUCACUUUUUAAGUGUUGUGCUAUCGCAUCCUUUGAUCUUAAAGUCCCUAUUGCAUUUGGUGGAAAAUAGUUUGGCAUUUACUGUGUCAUUUCACUGACUUUUUUAACAAGUACAAUUCUCGCGUCUAAAUCACACAAUUUAAAUUCACUUACUUAAUUGAAAAUUUAAAACAUUUAGUAGGUGCUGUGAUGCUAUGGUUUUUUGUAGUAAACUAAUCGGAUCAAAUCUCUGCACUGAGGGUCUCUUUUUUAGCUGUUAAAAAUCACUGGGUGUGAAUUAGAAUUUAAAAAUUAUGCUGAAUUUCUAGGAGGUUAUACCAGCCUAUGCUUCUGUUAUGCAGCAAAUUAACUGAUACCUCUAGUGUUUGGGUUUCCCUCAUAUAUACUGUCCUGAAAUUCACAACUAAAUCAGAGAUUUCAGAUGCUUGGCAUGGUGUCUGCAAAGAAAAUUGCUUUCCUAGCAUUUACAUUAAGCUAUUUCUAACCCUGAUCUCCUUAUUUUUGGUUGUGUUCUUAACUUAAUGCUAACCAGACAGGACAUGCAGGAUAUUCAAGCAUUGACCUUUUCUGACUAUACAAUUCACAGAUGCAGAGAGCGCGACUUCCUAAAGAAAGUUCAUGAGUCCAUGGAUAAAGGUGGAAAGGUAAUUAAUUCUCUAGAGGGUUAUUAACACAGAAAACAAUAACUCUAUUGUGUCACAAUUUCCGCUAUUAAAUAGUUGUUAUUUCUUUUUUUCUUUUCUUUUCUCCUACAUUGAUUUACAACUGGUGAAAAUAUAUUACUUUACAACCCAAAAAAUUCUACUGGCAAUUUACACCAAUUUACUAAUAAUCCACAAAUGCAUCUUUGGGUUUUCUAAAUUAUGUGAAAGAGGCAAUUACAGAAAAGUAAUACUCUUUGACUGUAUGCAUUACAUGUAAUUAGUAUGUCUGUUAUUGACCUGUUGUUAGGUCAAUAUGGCUGGAUGUUGGCCAAAUUCUUUUUCGCGUUUUUAUUGAGUCAAGGUCUAUUACCAUAAAAUGCAAAUAUGAAUGAGGCCAAUAUCCAGCCAUCUUAGUCAAUAAAUGAUCUACUGUUUUGCCAAGAAGUGAACUUUUUCGCGUGAGAUUAAUGCGGCAAAUCACAAACAGUCAAGAUUGGCCCAUCUUGCCCACUUAGGUAGCCAAUUAGAACAUAGCAUUUGCUUCAGCUUCCUUUCUCAUGCAUUCAGCCAUUAUACUCAGUUAUAGUCAGAAGGUCUGUAACCGCACCUUGUUAGACUGGCUCUGUUUGAAGAGCACCAGUCUGCUAAACAUAAUUAAAUGUGUUGAUUUGACUAUGCAGGUGUUGAUUCCAGUGUUUGCAUUAGGAAGAGCUCAGGAACUUUGUAUUUUAUUGGAAACAUAUUGGUAUGAUACUGUUUGUAGCAUUUAAUUUUCUUUGUUUGAUUACCACUGUAGACAUAUAUAAUCAGUAAGUCUAUAUUUAAGUUUAUAUAAUAAAUAGUUGAAGCGCAUAGGAACUCUCAUCCACUCAGAACUCCACCCAGUCACUAUAACUAAUCACAAACAAAUAAUCUAAAUCAAACACAACUAAAUUGGCAGAAGACAAACAAGUUUGAUAUUACAAGCAUCUCUGAGGAGUUGCUGAGAAACAAAUCCAGCUACCUCCAGAUGGUGAUUCUGAGACUUGAGACUCUGCCACCCCUCUGUCUUUUGUUGGUUUGAUAUUUGAAUGAUUUUUGGGAAGGUUCUUCAAAUGUUUUUGUUAAAAUUUCAUAACUAAACUACAAACAAUUUCAAAAAGGGUGACAGUUAACACUUUGCAGAUUGAAUGGGAAUUUGAAAACGUUGAUUUUUGAGGAGAGGAGAAAACCUGAGUACCCAAAGCAGAGAAAAGAACCAAAAACAAACUCAGCCCACCAGCCCACAUGCUGUCAAUGUUGGCUUCAUUGGUGGGUAGCAAGUGCUCUCACCGCUGCACUUUUCCUGACCCCCUUUCUCUUUGUUGUGCUCUGCUGAUCUAUACGUACAUUUCAACCAUAAUGGAACCAAAUGAAUGUACCAGAAGCAGGCAGUUCUUACCCAUUCUUUUCUUUUCUAAAAUCACAAGUUAAUUUGUACUGUUCUUAUUUUUAUUUCCCAGGGACAGAAUGAAUCUAAAAGCCCCCAUAUACUUCUCAACAGGGCUAACUGAAAAGGUAUGUGAAUUUUACCACAGUUGUCUGUGAUAAACUUAUUUUGACACAUUCUAUGACUAAGCUAUACCAAGUUGUAGUUUGCCAUUGUGUUGUAUCCUAUGUCAAUAUCCCAGCAGGCCUUAAUUCAGGGUUUUGAAAUAAACUACCCCCUUUGCCUGCAAAGGACAGUUUGCAGCCAGAAUGACCAAACACAAAAUACUACUUGCUAAGGUGCAGGAUUGCAGGAAAGCCACUCAUGCUCACUUGCAUCUCAUAACAAAAGAUUGACAGUAAUACUCGGAGGGUUGUAAGUUUGAUUCUCUCAGCAAGCUCGGAGUUUUUUCUGAGUUUUCUUGUGAUAGAUUUUUCCUUCUUCUUCAAUACAAUACAUUUGUUCUACGAAUUGUUCUUUUAAGCACUGAAUUAAUUUUCUGCAAUCCCACAUUUCAAUCAAAAUAUUGAAGUCCAGUCUUGUGAAAGAGAUAAAACAGUUGUGUCCUCAGUUAGUACUAUAUAGUGUACCUUGAAGCUUAAUUAGUGACGUUUUAUCCGAACGCUAAGUUAGUUAAAUAUAUAUUCUUUUUUUGUAAUCCUUCCAGGCAAAUCAUUAUUACAAGUUAUUUGUGACAUGGACAAACCAAAAAAUAAAGAACACAUUUGUACAAAGAAACAUGUUUGACUUCAAGCACAUCAAGGUAAGUGCAUGAGAUGGAUUAUAAAAACGAUGAACUCAGCUGUUAAAUGCCUGCAGCAGUUUGACUUUUGCUUUCUUGUUACUCAAUACCCAUGAUCAUUCUAUAAAUAAAGAAUGAAAGUAACUUUGUGUGAUACAUUAUUUUGCAAAUUGCAGCCAAAUUGCAAUCAAGAGCAAACCUAUUGCAAAAAAGGUAGAUCCCUCUUAAUAUUUGUUUCAUGACCAAUCACAUCCAAUUUUGACUGAAAUUCUGCUUCGUGCUUUUGGAUAGCAUUGAAAUUGGUUGUGAUGUACUCUGUGACGGUUUUAAAAUUUAAAGGUCUUCCUACCCAUCGGUAAGAAAACACAGUGCAUUAAUUACAAUGUAACAAAUAUGUUUUAUUAACUGGGGAUGUUAGCAAGUGUGCUUUUGUCAACGCACUGUUUCUUCACCUUUGUCCUUGGUAAAACUUGAUGAUUAUGAGAGUUAUAACAGAUUAGACUUGAAGCUUUAGGUCACAUCCACACGAAUCCCGAUAUUUUUAAAACUGCAUAUUUUUUUGCAUGAAUUGGCCUUUUGUCCACACGAAACUAGUAAAUCUCAUCAUCGAAGCGCAUCUUUCUGAAGCCGCUGCCCAGAUUACUUUAAGGCCGCGUCCACAUGAAUCUGGGUAAAAUGUAAGUGGUGUCAAAAAAUCAAUAUCCAGAUUUUUGUGGACGAGGCCUUAGAAUGCAGCAGAUUUACGUUGAAUUAAUUUGUAAACAAACCAUCCUUGUUAUACUUGAAUGGUUUGAUUGCUGUCUCUUUCAGCCCUUUGACAGAUCCUACAUUGACAAUCCAGGACCAAUGGUAAGAAACGUUUAUAAUCUCACGUAGCAAGCUUUUUUAUGUUUUUUAUUUAAUAUUUAGUGUAUUUUGAAUUUAACCAUGUAAGUCACAAUAUUGAUGUACAAGUUCUCUACUCUGAUUUCCAUACCUUUCCUCAUAUAAUUAGUUGAGAGAAUUUCUUUAAAGAUCAAAGCUUUUUUCCCCUCAACUGAUUACUUUAGCAUUGAUAUUGUUAGCAUCAGUCACUCUUGGGACUACAGGGUUAGGAAUAAUAAUAACUCUACUUUGAGGCGUUGAAUCCUUUGUGUAACUCCUUUACACAAAUAGAGUAAACAAACUUAUUACUAGCAACCGCUUUAUUGAAAUAAUGCUUGUUUCUUGCAGAAUUUAUAAUAUCGGUUUCACUGUAGUAGUUCGCUUGUCUUCAGCCAUAGGACUGUGCAGUUUUCUUUUUCAUGUUGAGCGCAUGAUCAGCUCUUUUAAUCUCAUCCCCUUCAUGUGUAAGGACGACAAAGCACAUUCUGGUUACCAUUUGGGUUAAAGGGCUCAAUUAGAACCACCCACCCGUUCUUAGUACUACUCAACCUUGUAUCUAAUGUGUAAUGGUUGAAGGUUUUCAAUGGGCUUUAAGGCCAUAAGUGUAGACUCUCCUAGUUGCCCACCCAUAGUCCUAGCCAGUUUUUGUGAUUAAAUGUAUUGUAAUUAGUGUGUGAUGAAUGAAGGGUUCUAAAAAUGGUCUCAAAAUGCAUAAGUAGAUCUGGUCAGUCUUUAUGAUCAGUGUGCGAUAAUUGAAGGUUUUCAAUAACCUCAAACCCUGAAUAGAAGACUGAUCCACCCGUAGUUCGGGCUAACCUUUGUUUAUCAAUCUUUGAUGACUGAAUGUUUCGGUGGGCCCUCCUCCCUCUCGUUUUUUAGGAGCUGCGUACUACCCCUGCUUAAAGGGCACACGUAGACCCAACCACUAACAGUCCGAGCCAAUUUCUAUGAUCAAUGAGUUAUAACAGCCCCUUGCUGUUGGUUGUCAGUGGAACAUUUUAUUUUUGGGACCGUUAGAACGGUAAACCAUUGCCGUACAUAUAUUUUUACAGGUUGUGUUUGCCACACCUGGCAUGCUUCACGCUGGAUUGUCGCUUCAGAUUUUUAAGAAAUGGGCUUCAGAUGAGAAGAACAUGGUAUGGAUCUUUGUUGACCAAAUUAUCAUAUCUUAUAGAUACAUUUUAUGGGAAUCAAGUCUUCUUUCUUCAGAAAGCCAUAAACUGCCGCCCAUAACCCCCCCCAGUUUUAGGCCCAUCUACUUGUAAACAAAAAGAUACUUCCGAUUACAAAUCCCCUCGUAUAUUACCUUCCCUCUCCCCUCCAAGUGUUUUGAACUGAUUUUGGGAAAAAAUGAAGAACAGCUCCCCCUAAAAACCGUUGGGCGACUGUCGACCCACAGUCGACCGACUAACGGCCGAUUGUCGGUUGAUUGUCGGCUGACUGGCGGCCGCCUGUGUCGGUGAUGUGUCGGUAAAAAUUAUGGUGUGUUUUGUCUUAUUUCAUGCCUAAACAGUAGUUACGUGAUAUAUACAUUACAUUGGGAAGCUUAAUUACGUUUUGAACCGUAAUUAAAACAAGUAAAUGCAAAACGUAUUUUCGUCAGCACUGCUAUAGCUUAUUGAGAAGCGCUUGUUCUAUUCCUGUCAUUAGCCCCCUCGGAUGUAAGCUCCUCCAAUUACACGCCCCCCUAAAAACCGUUUACAAAGAUCUAUAAGGCAAGGGGUAACAAGCGACGGUUUACGGUAUUUCUCUGUGGCCAUCUCGUCCCUCCACAGGCUCGUUGCCAAGUUUGGUGUACAUGUGUUCAGAAACCCUCAAAACAAACUUGGAGCAGUCAGUUACAUGUAAGAAUGUUUGCUAAGGACGAGUGAGCCAAAAUUGGAAAGAGUCAAUCAUGUUAUUUGGGGACGGAAUGGCAGGGACAUUAUUGUACCAUUUUAUGACGACUUUUGAUGAACUAGCAUCUGGAUUGUAAAGGAUGUGGGUUGCUUGCCAGCAAAUAAUUUUCUUUGCGAUUUCGCAUCGUCACGAAAUAUAAAUUUUAAAAAAACUGCUCUCCUGCAGCUUUGCACUUGAUCUCUUUAAAAGAGCAGCAGCAAAUGCUGAAACUAAUAAAAUGUGGAAACUAAUACUUUUUAAGGGAGAAAGGGGCUCGGCAAGUAAAUUAGAUGAUAGUUCUGUUUUUGAUCUUUUCCAAAAUCGUUGUUUGCAGUUCAAUAGCUUGUGCGCCUCGUGGCCUUGAAAGCCGUAUUCUAUGAGUUUACUUUUGUAAUAUACCAUAGGUUUUUGACCAACCAGAACCCGAUAACUGUUGAUAACUGAUUCUCAACACGAAUAUGAGCCAGUCAAAGUAUAGGCUUUGGCUGUGUACGUGUUAAAUAGGUUAAAAGAUCUUAGAUCAUCAUACGUUUCUGGGAAACUGCCCACCUACCCCUCCCCUAAGCCAACAUUUUUCCUGAGAAGUAAGUGUUAAUGUUGGCUUAGGGUAGGGGUAGGUGGGCAGUCUCUCAGAAACGUAUAAUAAUUCAAACUGUUUUGUUUGUUAAUAACAGGUAGUGAUCCCUGGUUAUUGUGUUGCUGGCACUGUUGGUCACAAGGUUCUGUCUGGACAGAAGAAGAUUGAACUGGAUAAGAAAAGUGUUGUAAGUACCAAGGAUAAUGAGAAAUAAUAUUGGUUUCUUUUUAAAAAAAAUCAUAUUAAAUAGAAGCUUGGAAAUUUCUCAUGAUUUCUUUUGGAAUUGUUUAUCCGCCCAAAUUCUAGAAACUGUUUAAAUUGCUUAACUUGUCUGGCAUAUAUGAAAAAUACUUAAUACUACCAAACUGGUAAAAGGCAUUCGUGAUCAAUAGCCAUAAAUGCAACAAACUGACUUCUCUUGCAACAAAUCAGGUUGCUGCAAUUUGCGUGAACGCUGAUAACUUCAAGUUACGUAUUGAAGGGAAAAAAGUCAAUUUCCAAAAUCUUAAAUCAAAGUCAUUAUAUGACAGUUUUGUUUCUAAGAUAUCCAGUAUACCAACAGCGCAAAUGAAAUAUAACGAAGCUUUCAGCACACACACAUUUCAGUUGGACUGGGAAAAGAUAUAUCUACUGCCCUUCAAAACAACAUUGGAUACUAAAUUAAGAGAAUUCCAAUAUAAAAUAUUAAACAGGAUCUUAUACACGAACAAGAUGCUGUUUAAGUUCAAAAAAGUAGAUUCUCCCUUGUGCGAUUUUUGUGAAAAGGAGUUGGAGACCAUAGAACAUCUCUUUUUCCAUUGUACAAAAGUAAGCAUGUUUUGGAAUGAUUUAAAGUCUGUACUUGAUUCUUUUAAUAUAACUAUUAGGUUUGAUAUCAUGAAUGUCCUUUUUGGGAUCUUAGAUACAGAUAAUAUAAGCAUUCUAGUCAAUUACAUCAUUCUUGAAAGCAAAUAUUUUAUUUACCGCUGUAAGUUAAAUAAGGGCUGUUUAUGUGUAAGACUGUUAGUCGAUAAAUUUUAAAAAACGUUUCAAAACGAACGUUUUAUCGCGAAAAGAAACAACAAAAUCCAUUUCCAUGAUAAAAAAUGGAAGCCGUUACUCCCAUUAAUA